UUGAGGAAAAAAAGCUAAACAAUCUUUAAUCUUUCAAAUUGACUGUGUCGGCUUUUUAACUUGUCUCGGCUGGUGGAAAAGUCCAUACCUUAGAAUAGUGGUAACACACGGGGAUCCACUCAAGACAGGCCUGAAUGUAUUUUCUUCCAAAUUUCUGCACGAAAAGGUAUAGAAAGCGGGUAAUCUUUCUUUAGUCACCACUCCGGUCCGACGAUGAAUUCUAAACGUUUGCUUGACAUGUCUCCGGCUGACAUACUGGUCGGGGGCGCUUCGAAACAAGCCGGUAUUGAACAGCAUGCAGAGGGUUCCAAGGGAAGCGAAAUGAGUGUCACCACUACUGACAGCGGUGUCAUUCUGGCGUGCGGGAGCGGGCCCGCAUCUGGAGCAGUUUUCUGCACAAUCGUGCUAGACGAUGACUCUUUGAGAGAAUGUACAAACCAGGACAUCAUCCUCAAUGGGAAUGACCUGUCGUCAGGGAGAGAAAAAUACGCGCACCGGAAAAUAAUGGGUUGUGGUGGCGAGGCAGAGAGGAACAGUGGUCUGACUGGGGUCCUUACUAACGGCAGUCCCACUCACUGCCUGAUCCUGAACGGGCAGAAGCCGGACAGACACAUGCACUUGAAAGCGAGGAAUCCGCUGGUGCCUGAUGGUUUCCAGGAAACCGGACAUCAAGUGCCACCUGAGGAGAGAAAUCCCCACCCCUCCUCCCACAUACCUGUCCCCCGACGCAGGAAACCCUCGGGUCGUGCUGAUAAGGAGGUAAUGGCUGCCACCGUCCUGACAUCGCUAUCCACCUCCCCACUGGUCCUCACCCAGACAUCCUCAGCUGCAGUUCCGGAGUCGUCUAGCAGGGGGUGGAAGGAGGCGCUGUCGACCAGCUACAGCAGCUCCACCAGUGGCAACUGGAGCUGGGACACCAGCGACCAAUCAGUGCCCUCCACACCAUCCCCACCCCUCUCCAACGAUGCCAGCAAGAGCUUCCUGCUCCCAUCCCAGGGUGAUGACGUCAUCGAGGACGUCACAGAGAGCACUCACUUUCCGUUUGUGGACCCCAUACCCCGGAAGCGAAAGAACUCCAUGAAGGUGAUGUUCAAGUGCUUGUGGAAGAACUGUGAAAAGGUCCUCAGCACCUCUUCAGGGAUCCAGCGACACAUCCGAACCGUCCACCUGGGGCGGAACUGCGACUCGGACUACAGCGACGGGGAGGAGGACUUCUACUACUCGGAGAUCGAGGUCAACAUGGACAGCCUAUCAGAGGGCUUAUCCAGCCUCACGCCCACCUCCCCCACCACCUCCGGCCCUCCCCCCAUUUUCCCACCUGUCUCCCUCACCACCUGUCUCCCUCGUUCUGAGCCCUCCCACAUCGCCAUGAGGGGGACACAUGGCCACGCCCCCACCCUGCUCAGCCAAUCAGCUCCCUCCACGCUCUGCCAUAUUCGCACUGACCACGCAUACCAGGCCACUGCUCCUGUGAGUAUUCCUGUGUGUUCGGAGCAGGUUGGUGGGAAUGAUGGGAUUGGGAAUGGGGAUGGGAUCAGUGUGUCCUGGCAGUCGUCUCCUGUCAUUUUUAAAGGCUUACCGGGCCCUUUGACUCACACCCGCACGGUGAGCUUCGGGGAGAAGAGACAGCCUGCCCUUCACACACACACUACCAUCAGCAAGACACCCCCCUCUACAGCCCCCCUGCCCAAACCAGCACCAGGAACCAGGAAACCCCGCGGAGAGGCUAAAAAGUGCCGGAAGGUAUACGGCAUGGAGAAGAGAGACAUGUGGUGCACAGCCUGCCGUUGGAAAAAAGCCUGUCAGCGAUUCAAUGAUUGAACCCCACUACAUCACUGGGAUGGACUCUUCCUCUGCCAGAGCUUCACUGAGGUGGAGUCUUCCACUGGGGAGAUGUGGGUGUUCUCCCUGAUGAAGCUGCUUAGAGCACGCACUGCUUCCUCCUGACCAGCAGGGGUCUCUCUGCUUGCUUCUCUUAAUCCUCAGACAGCUAAACACACAAAACACAAAAACAAAUGGAUGAAAAAGGAAAAAAAUAUAUAAUAAUUGUGAAAAAAGUAUAUGGCUUUGGAAGCAUAGGUAAUCCAAAAAAUGAUUAUUCAAAACGUGAUUCAGAAUGAAAGUUUGGUUUUGUACUUUCUAAUUUUGCAUGCCUUCACUGUAGGGCAGUGGUUGAAGAUUUCAGAUAAGCUUUUUGGUGUUGUGUACUUUCAACAUGUUCUUUGCUGGUCCGAGUAUCAUGGAAGCUACUGUGUUUGAGUCUAUAAGAUCCUUAAACCACUCUCUUGUCAGCAUCUUUCAAUGCACCUCUGUUGACAUUUUGGAACUAAAACCAGAUUCACUUUGUGGUGUAUAUUUGAAUGGAUCGUUUCAACGGAGGUGCAUUGAAAGAUGCCGACAAGAGAUUUCAACGGUCACUCUUUUGAAACGGGAAGUAUGUCUACCAAAGGAAAACAGACACAGAAUCUCUCUAAAUUCACUCAGAAUUGAGAUGUCGCUUUUUUUUAAGAUGCAAGUUUGUUAUUCAUAUAACACAUCACAUGCUCUUAUGGGAAUUCAACUCAACAAUUCCAAUCUCUUUGUUUGGGAAGUAAAUAUGCAUAGCUACACACCAUAAGCUCCCUGUAUCUGUUGCUUAUUCCAUCUGCUGGCACCAAAUGUCACACUUUGAACCUUCAGAGUGUUCAGUGUACAUGUACCGUUUCUAGUUUCUCUUCCUAGAGCUCUACACAGAUAUGCAGCUUUCAGAAACAACACAUCUUUCAGCAGACCACAUGUAAACUUUGUAACCACACUGUUCACUCUCAUUUCUCACAUCUACAGUUUAUUUCCAGCGAUUAGUUCCCAAGGCAACUACUGUAGUAGUUGCAAAGUGCCAUCACCAGGGUUUGGACAGUCUGGUCUUGCUUUGAUUAAUCAGCUCUAUUGUUGAUUACAGUUAUCAAUAACAACAUCAAACCCCCCUGUAGCAUUACUUGCUACUCAGUGUUCUUAAAUCCACUUCCUGUGUACGUUCAUAGAAAUAUAAUGUCAUUGUAGUUCUCUGUGGGUACUAUACCUAGUCCUGCCCAACCCUGAAUCCCAGUUACUGCUCUUAACUGGUAUCUAAGGGUGAUGAAAUAUAAUGUCAUUGUAGUUCUCUGUGGGUACUAUACCUAGUCCUGCCCAACCCUGACUCCCAGUUACUGCUCUUAACUGGUAUCUAAGGGUGUUGAAAUAUAAGUGUUUUUCUCAGAGGGAUUAUUUGCGCACCAUGAAUUGUACCUGGAUUCCUGAUCAGACACAAUUAUAUGGAUGUAUAUUUUUACACAGAUAAAUUUUUUAACUUUAGCUACUCUUUUUUAUUUUAUUGUUGCCAGCUCUUUGAAUGUAGUUUCUGCUGCCUCUCUCUCUCUUCUCUCUCUCUCUCUAUCUCUCUCUCUGUCUCUCUCUCUUUCUCUCUCUCUCUCUCUCUCUGUCUCUCUCUCUCUCUCUCUCUCUCUCUCUCUCUCUCUCUCUCUCUCUCUCUCUCUCUCUCUCUCUAACUCUAUCUAACUCUCUCUCUCCCAAUACUGACAACUAGCCAUGCCACAAGUUACAACAGCAGGACACACACAUGCAUGGUGCUACUUGUCCUCUUUCCCUAUGUUACCUUCAACCUAUUCUAUGACAAUGGCCACAAUCUAUGACUUUCUGUUCUUUGGUCAUGUGACAAAUCUGUUGUCAUAGUGACAUCUGCAUUCUCAGCUGAUGGCAGUCACAUAUUCUAAUUGAUGUGACAUUAGUAGAAGGCCAUUCUAAGACAGCUGGGGAUGACUGUCAUUUGUUGUUAUUUGGGGACAGCAAACAAUCAAAAACCCUGGAUUAAUUUUAGCAUGCCCUGUCAGUCUUUUACUUGGUAACCAUUACCAACAGAUAUGGUCCUGCUCAUUGGCUGGUAACUCUGUCCGUCAGACAUUAUGUCCAGUAGUGUUUGAAAAGAAGCUGGUUCUUACAGUAAGUAGCUCACUGGUCAGACUGGAGAGUAGCCCAGUAUUUAAUGGUCAGAAACUUCACUAAGUGCCAUUGAAAAGAACAAUAUGAGGAAAAAGGAUUUACCUAAAUAAAUUGCACUAACUUGCACUGCACAAAGACUUGCUUUUAUACAUGGAUUUUAUACACACAGAUUUUGAAGUGAAAUUACAUUUGAGGUUGUUUUAUUUUGGAUCGUCACUGCCUUGGUGUCAACAUGGGGUUUCAGGGAUGGGGCUUCUACACCUCUUGGGUCCCCCCAUAAGAACCUUUUGAACUGGUAUGUUUAGCUCUCUGUGUGUGUGUGGUGUACUCAGCCCAAUGGUGCCAACAAUAUUGCCUGGAAUCGUGUACUGCAUAGUACAGCGGUACUUUGUGUGUCCGGGUUUCCCCUAGACUUUUCUAUUGUGGUGGUGCACCAAGAAGACCCCUGAAGUCACAUCUCAGAUGGUCUGCCCUAACUUGGUAAUAUAUGGGGAAACACUGGUCCAGAGGUAGCCCUCAGUUAGUCAAUGGUUGCUUGUUGUCUUCUUAAGAACAGAUAAAUCAUGGUGUUUCAACACUAUGGGCUUUCCCUACGGAGCCUACUCAUACACUGCUUUCACAAGAAUGUAGUUUAGUCUUCCUUCCUUACGGAGCAUACUCAUACACUGCUUUCACAAGAAUUUAGUUUAGUCUUCCUUCCUUACGUAGCAUACUCAUACACUGCUUUCACAAGAAUUUAGUUUAGUCUUCCUUCCUUACGUAGCAUACUCAUACACUGCUUUCACAAGAAUUUAGUUUAGUCUUCCUUCCUUACGUAGCAUACUCAUACACUGCUUUCACAAGAAUUUAGUUUAGUCUUCCUUCCUUACGUAGCAUACUCAUACACUGCUUUCACAAGCAUUUAGUUUAGACUUCCUUCCUUACGGAGCAUACUCAUACACUGCUAUCACAAUAAUUUAGUUUAGUCUUCCUUCCUUACGUAGCAUACUCAUACACUGCUUUCACAAGAAUUAAGUUUAGUCUUCCUUCCUUACGGAGCAUACUCAUACACUGCUUUCACAAGAAUUUAGUUUACUCUUCCUUCCUUAUGGAGCAUACUCAUACACUGCUUUCACAAGAAUUUAGUUUAGUCUUCCUUACGUAGCAUACACUGCUUUCACAAGAAUUUAGUUUAGUCUUCCUUCCUUACGGAGAAUACUCAUACACUGCUUUGACAAGAAUUUAGUUUAGUCUUCCUUCCUUACGUAGCAUACUCAUACACUGCUUUCACAAGAAUUUAGUUUAGUCUUCCUUCCUUACGGAGCAUACUCAUACACUGCUUUCACAAGAAUUUAGUUUAGACUUCCUUCCUUACGGAGCAUACUCAUACACUGCUAUCACAAGAAUUUAGUUUAGACUUCCUUACGUAGCAUACACUGCUUUCACAAGAAUUUAGUUUAGUCUUCCUUCCUUACGGAGAAUACUCAUACACUGCUUUGACAAGAAUUUAGUUUAGUCUUCCUUCCUUACGUAGCAUACUCAUACACUGCUUUCACAAGAAUUUAGUUUAGUCUUCCUUCCUUACGGAGCAUACUCAUACACUGCUUUCACAAGAAUUUAGUUUAGACUUCCUUCCUUACGUAGCAUACUCAUACACUGCUUUCACAAGAAUUUAGUUUAUUCUUCCUUCCUUACGUAGCAUACUCAUACACUGCUAUCACAAGAAUUUAGUUUAGUCUUCCUUCCUUUCGUAGCAUACUCAUACACUGCUUUCACAAUAAUUUAGUCUAGUCUUCCUUCCUUACGGAGCAUACUCAUACACUGCUUUCACAAGAAUUUAGUUUAGUCUUCCUUCCUUAUGUAGCAUACUCAUACACUGCUAUCACAAUAAUUUAGUUUAGUCUUCCUUCCUUACGUAGCAUACUCAUACACUGCUUUCACAAUAAUUUAGUCUAGUCUUCCUUCCUUACGGAGCAUACUCAUACACUGCUUUCACAAGAAUUUAGUUUAGUCUUCCUUCCUUAUGUAGCAUACUCAUACACUGCUUUCACAAGAAUUUAGUUUAGUCUUCCUUCCUUAUGUAGCAUACUCAUACACUGCUUUCACAAGAAUUUAGUUUAGUCUUCCUUUGCCUAAAAGGCGCUUGCCUCUUUCACACUUUAUUGAGAUGAGGUAGUGUACAGAGAAUAGGUUUUCUUUCCGGACUUGACUCUUCUCCACCAAUCGAAACAUCAAUCUUGUGUUUGGUCCUACUGGCAGCAGAUUGGCCAUUCAUACGUUUGAGUACUUUUCAGACCAAUCUAGUCUGUUGUUCCCAAUCUCAUUCACACCCCUAUGCCUGCCACAAAACCCGCCUCUGGUAUUUAAUUGCACUAAAGUGGUUUUAUGGGUCAUUGGCCAGGGCUAAUGAAGGGGAACACUCUUUAUCCACUUGCUACUACCUACAUUGAUAAACUGGAUGAAUCUAAGGCCUCACCCACAGUAAGUUGACCUGGUAUGGAAUAGGGGAGGGUCAGGUGGGUUUGAGUGAUAACUGCCAUCCCUACGGCUGUUUUUAGGAGACCUGAGGUUUUGGAUUGUAGAGAGAGGGCUGAUUGGGUGUGUUUGUGGAACUGGGACUUUGUAAUAGGUGGAGAAAGAGUGGGACAAGCAGUGACGAUUAUUCGAGAUGGAUUUGUAGUUUCAGGCCUUUCCUGUACAUAUGCAACGUAAAGACAACCCUGAAACUUUUUUCAUAUAUUGUUGUGUGUCUGUUAAACAAAAAUGAAACUUUGUAAGGUAGAAUUGCUCAGAUUGUUGGUGUGCGUGUUUGAGAAGCUGUAGUUAAUAUAACAUAUAUUGCAGUUCAGGGGAAAAGUGGCGAAAUAACGUAGAUGAAUGUAAAACCUACAAAAAGAAAAGCUUGUUUCUUGUUGUAACGCUGGCUAGUUUCUACUGUUAGUGCACUCUGACAGAAUGAUGGCACAAACAGCACAAACUGUCAUUCUGGUGCCAAAUUUAGCAUCUGCACUGUUCUUCAAGUAAAUGUGUUUUUGUCAAAUAUUCAGUGGAAAUUGUUCAAAGUAGUCCUUGUGCAUAGAGUUGUAUGGUUUGUUUAACUUUGCAAUCAUUGGUUUUGUUUGACAUACAUUUUAAAGUGAAAAAUCUUAGUCUCAGCAUAAUUCUGUUACCAUGUAAUUGCCCAUUAACCUUCUUACAUUGUGCAAUGAGACGCUUUAAUUCUAACAAGAACUAACUUGACCUUUUGGUGACCUUUCUGUGAGUCACCUGGUGUGAUCUAUUAUGAAUGCAUUUAUUGGUAUGUAGGCCUUUAUUUAGGCUGUUAUAAGGAGUCAUGAACUGUUAUGAAUGCUUAUAGCAGGCCAUAUACUGCACUACUUUAAUGCACAUAUUGAAUGUGCUUAUAAAGGUGUUAUGUAUUUUGGUUAUGUAAGUGGUCAGAACCCACUGGACAAAAACUGGUUGAAUCAACGUUGUUUCCACGUCAUUUCAACAAAAACAUGAAAUGUGAUGACUUUUGAAUCAACGUGGAAAAUUGAUUGGGUUUGUAAAAUGUAAGGGAAUUUCGUAAUUUUUUCACCCAACUUUUAAACUAGAUCCAAUAACAUGGUGAAAUGUUUUGUUGAUUUCACGUUGAAUUCACGUUAGUUGACAACUCAACCAAAUGUAAAUCAAAACUAGACGAUGAAAUGACACCCAGUGUAUAGGAACCGUGAGCUGUUGUGAAUGCUUAUGGCAAGUCUUAUAAUACACUAUGGAGUGAUCGACUGUGCUAUGAAUGCAGUCAUAAUGUAUUGUACACAGGCGUUUCAGAAAAUGUGCUACCUACUUUUUCUGUCUCCCUGCCAAAUAAGUAUUUAUUCGAAUACAUGUUGUCAUUGUCUUUUGUGGGAAACAAAUCACCUAGGCGGCUCGGGGAUUCAAACUCGCAACCUUUCGGUUAUUGGCCCAACACUCUUAACCGCUAAGCUACAUGCCACCAAAUUGUACCUGUACCUUUCCCUCUGACUCGCUUCCUCUCUAUCUCCCAAUCUAUUUUUCUCUAAUUGUUUCCCCCGUCUCUCUCUUUUAAACUAUCAGUAUUGACUGUAGUUCCCCCCCCCCAAAGUCAAUACCCAGUAUAUUAAGCUAACCGAGCCCUUGAAAUGUGCAGAAAGAAAGCCUUUAUUUCCUAAUGUUACAUCAUUCUAUCCUUUGUUUGCUCGUUGAAUGUCCAUGUUGAUGAGUCCAGCCCAGCAGCUCAGCAGCAGCAAAGCCAAUGGAUCUCCAACCAAAUCAAAUGUAACACAUCGUCAUCACUAUGGAGGCUCCACUCAACUCUGUGCUGCUUCUUCUAUCAUGCUCUUAAACAACACACCAAUCUGUGCUGUUUGUCUUUGUCUUUUAUCUGUUUUCUUGUUGUAACUGUCUGACUGUUGUUCUCUUGCUGUGCUGUGUCAGAGCAUUGUGGUUGGUGGGAGGGAAACUUACUUUCUUUUGGUUGCUUUAUUAUCUUGUUCAUAUUGAUUGAUUGAUGUGCUCUCAUUAUGUCUGGUGCAGAAGUGUUUUAUUGCUCAUGUCUGUCUGACAUGUGCUCGAGUGGAUGGGUGACUUGAUGUCAUGAUGAUGAUGUGAUGUAAAUGUGAUAGAGAGAAAAUAAAUGCAAAUGGAUUGGAAUAUGUA